UUUACUUGCUUCAACGCAAUUUGAAAGCCAAUAAUAUCCUACACUUCACUAACAUUCAAGAGCAAGCAAGUCAGGGAGUAGGAAUUAGUGGGAAGAGAUUAAACAGAAUGAUGAAGCAUGGGUUCUUUCUUGUUUUCUUAGUUCUCUAUGUUACACUAGCACUCCACGUGGAAGCUGAUGCAGGGUUUGUGAAAGCAAGAGGAAUGCAACUUAUGCUGAACGGAAGCCCCUACUAUGCUAAUGGUUUUAAUGCCUAUUGGCUAAUGUAUGUUGCAGCUGAUCCAUCUCAGAGAAACAAGGUUUCAUCGGUGUUUCAAGAGGCUACAAAUCAUGGACUUAACAUAGCCAGGACUUGGGCUUUCAGCGAUGGUGGAUAUAAACCCUUACAAUACUCUCCUGGAUCCUACAAUGAGGAAAUGUUUCAGGGGUUGGACUUCGCAAUAAGUGAAGCUAGAAAAUAUGGGAUCAAGCUGGUGUUGAGUUUGGUGAACAACUAUGAGAACUUAGGAGGAAAGAAACAAUAUGUCGACUGGGGAAGGAGUCAGGGCCAGUCCAUAAUUUCUGAAGACGAUUUCUUCACAAAUCCUGUGGUAAAGGGAUACUACAAAAACCACAUCAAGACUGUACUUACAAGACUUAACACCCUCACUGGAGUUGCUUACAAAGACGACCCAACUAUAAUGGCUUGGGAGCUUAUGAAUGAGAUUAGGUGCCCUUCAGAUCAAUCAGGAAAGGCCGUUCAGGCUUGGAUUACUGAGAUGGCAUCUUACUUGAAAUCCAUAGAUGGAAACCAUUUGCUGGAAGCUGGUCUGGAGGGUUUCUACGGGCAGUCAAAGCAAGAGUCUAAUCCUAACUUCCAAGUAGGAACAGAUUUCAUUGCAAACAACCAAAUACCUGGCAUCGAUUUUGCAACAGUCCACUCGUAUCCGGAUCAAUGGCUACAAAGUUCAAGUUAUGAAGACCAAAUCUCUUUCUUAGGUCGGUGGCUCAAUGAGCACAUCCAAGAUGCACAGAACACUCUUCACAAGCCACUUCUAUUUGCGGAGUUUGGGAUUUCCACAAAAAAAUUUGGUACUAACUCAACCCCAAGGGAUCGGUUUUUCAAUACUGUAUAUUCAGCAAUAUAUUCUUCAGCAAGUGGUGGCGGAGCUGCUGUUGGUGGCUUAUUUUGGCAACUUCUAGCUGAAGGAAUGGAUUCUUUUCGAGAUGGUUACGAGGUGGUCUUAAGUGAGAGCCCCUCAACAACUACUUUGAUUGCUCAACAAUCUCAAAAGCUAAACCGAAUUCGGAAGAUGUAUGCAAGGCUGAGAAACAUUGACAAGUGGAACAAAGCAAAGGAAAUUAGAAGCUCAGAGUGGCAUGCUGGUGCUGACAGCAGAAACUGAGAUAAGUUUUCAGAAUGAAGUGUCCCUAUACUAAAGCAGAGUUCUAAUAAUCCCACAAGGCAGAAUGGUCCAUUUCCGUUAUGGUGUUACAAUUGAAGUGUUCUACAAAUGCCAUAAUCUUAUAUAGGUAUAAUUCUCAUCAGCAUAUGAUGGCUGAUAGAAAGAAACCAUAGCUAUUAUUUAUUCAGAAACUAAUGAGUUCUUAUAUAGAAAGUAACUUGUAAUAUACAAGCAUGUAUUUCAUCUUCCUACAUGUUGGUG